AUGAAGACUUCGUGGCCCAAGUUCACGUCCGGCACGCAGCGGCUCGCCGUGGCAUUCGUCAGCCUCUACACGAUGGCAGUGACUAUGGUCCUUCUUCUCCAGCGCCGAUCCUCCCAUGUCGUCACAAGUACCACGCUUCGCGCCGCCAAAGUGACCACGUCGCUCCACCACGCGCAUUGCAGCUACCAAAGCAACGCCUUCGCGGCACACGCGCGGCCGUCCAUGUCGACCACGCGCUCGUGGCGCGAUUGCCUACCGCUGCGCUCGGUCAUUUGCGGUGUUGCCGCUGGCGACCAAGACUCGCUGCUCACGCAGCACCCGCCGUGUCGGUCGGCAGUCUUGCAUCACUUGCUUGUGACGACGAUGGCGGCGAUGGAAGCCCGCGGUCACGUAGCCCUGCCGAUCGGGGCAGCGCUGGAACACAUGUGGGAGCAUGGCGCGCUGCCGCCGGCGACGCCUGUCCUCGACAUGCUCACGAACGCAACGGCCGACGUUACCGACUGGCUCUGGGCCCGCGGUCUGGCCCACUUUUACGACAAGAACGCGGGCGAUAUUACGUGCCUCGCCGCCCACCACCCACUCGCGAGCCUCCUCUACGCUGGCAACGCAGCGUCGUACGAGGUGCCACCGCACGUCCGCUGGUCGCGGAUCGAGCCCAUGACGAACGACAACGCCAAGUUUCGCAUAUCGCCACAACAUGAGCACGCUUACAAGUACGCGCAGCUGACGCCGCCCACGUGCUUGCGACUGUACAACGUAUCGAUAUUCGCACCGGCGCACCCACCGACAUUCUUUACGGCGGCCCGCGGCAUGCACGACCACGACGGCGAAGCUGCCAUCUACCCGAACCCUCUCUGCCAAGCGCUUUGCCAAAACGACACACCACUUAUCGCUCGCAACGUGACGCCCAACGUCGCUCGAUGCCCGCUGCGCGCUGACGCAUUGUACGACGCGCGGCUCGCCACGUUUCUGAAGGACCCGAUCCCGCUACGUCUCGACGCUGCCCACGUCCAACACCUGGCUCCGUUUCACAACACGACCAAGCUCCGGGCCGGCGAAGCGUGGGAGUUUUGCCUACCGAUGAAGCCACAGCAGCAAACCGUGCCGAUCGGCCGUGCUGCAGCUGCUGCUGGAAACAUGCUCGAGGUCAGCUACGACCUCGGCCUGCCGGUAUUUGUCUACUUUGGGACGCUCCUCGGGGCGUGGCGCGACGAGGCGAUCAUUCCCCAUACAAGGGACAUUGAUAUUGUGAUGCCGUCCGACACGGACUGGGCCAAGGUGCAGGACGCCAUGUGGGCCCGGGGCUUUUAUGUCUUUAAGCGCGAUAUCCACGGUGCCUGCGUUGCGUCCCACCACCCGCUGGCAGGUCUUUUGUACGCCCCCAAUAAUUCGCUUGUCAAAACCCUCAUGUGGGACCACGGCACGCCGUACUUGGACUUGUACGUGUGGCGUCGCGCAUGGGGCCAAAAGAUCAGCGUCGAGACAGCGCUUCAGAAGCUCGACCGAAGACGCGACCCCGAGGCCAUGUUCCGAACCGAGUACAGCACAACGUAUGCACAGGACCCAGACCUGCACUUGGAGUCGUGCGAGUCGUAUUGCGACUAUCAAGUGCUCCAUAACGCGACCACCGUAUAG